AUGAAGCUGCUCUACCCAACAUCCCUCAAACUCGACAUCCAGAGCCUCGAAGGCUUCACCGUCGACCUCCACUCCUACGAUGUGACCAAGCCCAUCCCAGAGGAACACACCGACGCCGAGAUCCUCGUCACUUGGACAAACACAGCCGACAACCUCAAGGACGCCGCAAAGCGCCUCACAAAGCUUCAAUGGAUUCAGUCCCUCGCUGCUGGUCCCAAUGACGUCUUGAAUGCUGGCUUCGACGCCUCAAAAAUUAAGAUUACUACCGGUUCUGGUCUGCACGAUCAUACCGUCGCAGAGCAUGCGCUGGGUCUCCUGCUCAAUGCGGCGCGACGUUUCUACGAGAUGCGCGACUACCAGCUCCAGGGCAAAUGGCCAGGCCACCUCGGCGGUCCUCAGCCUGAUAGACCCAAGGAUUCAUUCAGAACUCUUCGUGAUGCGCGCGUUCUGAUCUGGGGUUUCGGUAACAUCGCAAAGAGCCUCACCCCUCAACUCAUCGGUCUCGGCUCCGAAGUGCGGGGCAUCGCUCGUCAAGCCGGCGUCCGCAACGGCAUCCAAGUCUACACCGAGUCCGAUCUCGACACUCUCCUCCCCGAGACCGACGCUCUGGUCAUGAUCCUUCCCGGCUCUGACUCCACGCGCCACGUGCUCAACGCCGAGCGUCUUAAGCAGCUGCCCAAGCACGCGUGGGUCGUUAAUGUUGGACGCGGUACAUCUGUGGAUGAGGAUGCGCUUGUUGCUGCGCUUGAGAAGGGAGAGAUUGGCGGUGCGGCGCUAGAUGUUUUUGAGACGGAGCCUUUGCCCGAGGGAAGCAGUAUCUGGAAGGCGCCUAAUGUUAUCGUGUCUCCGCAUGCUGCGGGUGGACGACCUCAAGGAGCGGAGGCACUUAUUGCCGAUAAUUUGAGACGAUUUAGGGCGAAGCAGGACUUGAAGAACAUUAUUUAA